UUGGUUUGGUAUUGUCAACGCUCAACGCUCACAACACACAUGGGACGGAUGGUGGAUUCAGUGUUGUUUUGAAGAUUAUUAAAUAAAAUACGUGGUAAUUUGUCAACAGAGUAAUACGUAUGUAACACAUAAUGUCGCUUUUACUCAAAGAAGUGUAUGAGAAAAAUGCAGAAUAUACAGCUUUCUACACUGGAGGAGACAUUUCUUGGACCAUUGAUGGGUCGCAUCUACUCUGUUUAUGCAGCGACGCGAUUCAAGUGAUUGAUGUCAAUACAUGUUCGCAAGUCCUGGUCAUUGGAGAGUCAAAUGAAGAAACAGAAGGUGACCCCAUAUACUCAUUUAAACUAUCACAUAACAAUGAAGUGGUUGUUACUGCACAUAAAAGUGGGUUGAUGAAACUAUGGGAUAGGCACACUGGUAAACAAAUGAAGAUGUGGAGAUCAGGGCAUAAAGGUCCUGUUGCCAGGCUCGCCUUUGAUUCCACUGAUUCCAGCAUUUCCUCAGGUGGCUCUGAUGGCAACAUUAGAGUAUGGGACCUAGAUCACCACACAUGUACAAGUAGCCUCAGAGGAGCCAUGGGUGUCUUUAGUGUUCUAGAAUAUCACCCAGACACAUCCAAACAACUUAUUAUUGGUGCAGCUGAUGACACCAAGAUCAGAUCUUGGAACUCUAAGACAGGUAAGGAACAUGUUGUUUAUUCCGGACAUUUCAGUAAGAUCACUUCUCUACAAUUCACACCGGAUGGUCAGCACAUGGUCAGUGCUGGUAGAGACAGGGUUUUAAUCCUCUGGAACUUAGAUGAGAGUAAGGCAUUGAGGACUGUGCCAGUUUAUGAGAGUAUUGAAGCCAUGGUGCUGCUACCUCCUUCCUUUAAGGUGCCAAAUUUUAAGAAGAAACUGGAAACUGAAGGCAUUUAUAUUGCUUGUGCAGGUGAAAAAGGCAUUGUAAAAGUUUGGAAUGUGCAAACAAGCCGCAUCAUGUAUGAACAAACCAACAGCCUUGUGUCACCUGCACAGGAGGAGGGUGGCUUGGCCAUUACUCAUCUGUUAUUCAAUCAGGCAAGAAACAUGUUAUCUGUGGUCACGGUGGACCAUAAUAUCAUUCUCCAUGAACUGGAAACAUUUGAUUGCAUGAAGCAGUUGGUUGGAUUUACUGAUGAAAUAUUGGAUGUGAUAUUGAUUGGGAAAAAUGAGGGGCACCUAGUUGUCGCUACAAACAGUCCUGAUCUAAAAUAUUAUGAUUUAGAAUCAAUGAACUGCCAAAUUGUAAAAGGGCACACAGACAUAGUUUUAGCAUUAGCUAAAUUCCCAACCAAACCUGAAAUGUUUGUAUCAUCAGGGAAAGACAAUGCUGUUAGAAUUUGGCUCCAGAGCGACAACAAUGAAAUCAUAUGUCUAGGAGUUGGAGCAAGGCACACAGCAUCUGUAGGAUCUGUGUUCACAUCUCAAAUUUCAAAUGAUUUUUUUACCUCAGUUGGUCAAGAUAAUUGCCUGAAGGUUUGGACAGUGCCCAAAGACAUAGAGUCUGCAGGACAUAAACUUAAGUCAAGCCACACUGAGCUGGCUCAUCAAAUGGAUAUCAACUGUAUCACAGUUUCACCAAAUGAUAAAAUGAUUGCUACAGGUUCACAAGACAAAACUGCUAAACUUUGGACCAAUGAUUUAAGUCUAUUGGGAGUGUUGAAGGGUCACAGGAGAGGAGUGUGGUGCACCAGAUUCUCUCCUGUGGACCAAGUUGUGCUCACAUCAUCAGCUGAUGCUACUGUAAAACUGUGGUCUAUAGCAGAUUUGAGUUGCUUAAAAUCAUUUGAAGGCCAUGAAAGCUCUGUCCUUAAAAUAGAGUUUUUGUCUAAAGGUCAACAGAUAAUAUCUAGUGGAGCAGAUGGUCUCUUGAAAUUGUGGAAUAUUAAAUCUUCAGAAUGUAAGAUGUCCUCUGAUAUACAUGAUGGCAAAAUUUGGGCCAUGGCUCUCAGUAAGGAUGAGUCAACAAUUGUAACUGGUGGCUCAGAUUCUAAAUUAAUUAAAUUCCUUGAUGUUACUUUAGAAAGAAGAGAAAAGAUGGCUAAAGAGAGAGAAGAAAUGAUUUUGCAAGAACAGGAGUUGGCAAAUCUACUCCAUGACAAAAAGCUCAUAAAGGCUUUGAAAUUAGCAUUAAGAAUGGAAAGACCUUUCCAAGUCUUAAAAAUUGUAAAUGAGGUUUUGAAGGCAGGAAAUGACAAACUUUAUGAGACACUGAAGGAAAUCAACCACACCCAGAAAGAGACUUUGUUGAGAUUUGCAUCUGAGUGGAAUACUAACAACAAGACCUGCCAUGCAGCCCAGUUGGUCUUUAACAUUUUAGCCCCAGAGAUAAUAUCAGGAAAUUUGAAAAUGCCAGCCCUGGCUAGCUUUAUUGAAGGAGCAUUACCAUACAGUGAAAGACAUUUUGAACGAUUAACAAAUUUAUUACAAGACCUCAACUUUAUCACCUACACUGUCAAUUGUAUGCAACCACAUGCUAUUAAAGAUAAUUAAAUUGAUCAUACUU